AGGGAGAAAGUAAGAGAGAGAAUCUGGUGGGCUUUGAGCUGUGAUUUAGCUGUCUUAUUGAAUUUCCCCUCCCCCUGUCUCUCUCUCUAAAUCUCCAACACACUGCCCCAAAAUCCCUAGAAAAAACCCUCCUCCACCCUCACUUUCUCUCUCCCCAAACAGCCCCCUCAACUCUCUCUCAGAUCUCACCCAUUUUCCUUCCCACAUUCUCAAAGACACUCGCAGAGAAGCCAUUGCUGCUGCGGGGCCAAAGCAAAGAGCUUCGUCUAGCAGUGUAGAUGUCUCAUGUGAGAUGAGGAAGAAGACUAUCAGCCCAUCUCUCUUUAUUCUCCUUUCUUGUCUUUCCUUCCUUCUCUCUUCUGCAACUUCCCAUUUCGUCGGCAAUGGCCGCCUCUCCGACGCCGAAGCUCGCUACAUCAAGAAACGCCAACUUCUGUACUACAUCGACGAGAACGGCGAUCGGGGCGAGCGGGUAAGGGUCGACCCGGCCCUGGUUUUCCAAAAUCCCCGGCUCCGGAACGCGUACAUUGCUCUCCAGGCCUGGAAGCAAGCGAUUCUCUCCGACCCGCAAAAUCUCACUGCCAAUUGGGUCGGAUCUGGAGUGUGUGACUACACCGGCGUGUUCUGCGCUCCGGCGCCGGAUAAUCAGUCAAUCCUGACCGUCGCCGGCAUCGAUCUCAACCACGGAGACAUCGCUGGCUACCUCCCGGAGGAGCUUGGGUUGCUCACUGAUCUUGCAUUGUUCCACAUCAACUCCAACCGGUUCUGCGGCACGGUCCCGAAGAAGUUCCGGAACCUGAAGAUUCUCUUCGAGCUCGAUCUCAGCAACAACAGGUUCGCCGGAAAAUUCCCUCACCUUGUUCUGGAAUUACCGACUCUCAAGUUCUUGGAUCUCCGGUUCAACGAGUUUGAAGGCAAUGUUCCGCGAGAGCUCUUCGACAAGGAUCUGGACGCCAUUUUCAUCAACCACAACCGGUUCCAGUUCGACUUGCCGGACAAUUUUGGGAACUCGCCGGUGUCGGUGAUCGUUCUGGCGAACAACAAGUUCCACGGCUGCUUGCCUGCAAGUUUGGGGAAUAUGUCCGAUACGCUGAACGAGAUCAUAUUUUUGCAGAACGGUUUGAAGUCGUGCUUGCCGCCGGAGAUUGGGCUGCUGAAGGACUUGACGGUUUUUGAUGUGAGUUUCAAUGAGCUGAUGGGGCCGUUGCCGGACACGAUCGGCGGGAUGGUGAGCUUGGAGCAGCUCAAUGUGGCGCAUAAUUUGUUGACGGGGACUAUUCCGGCAAGUAUUUGUAAGCUUCCCAGACUUGAAAACUUUACGUUUUCGUAUAAUUUCUUCACCGGCGAACCGCCGGUGUGCUUGCGCUUGCCGGAGUUUGACGAUCGCCGGAACUGUUUGCCUGGCCGUCCGGCGCAAAGGUCGGCGCUUCAGUGCCGGAAGAGGCCGAUGGUGGAUUGUAGUGCAUUUAAGUGUAAGCCUUUUGUUCCGACUCUACCCCCGCCGCCUCCACCUUCUCCUCCGCCCCCGGUUGUUUUACCGACGCCUCCCCCGGCGCCGGUGUUUUCUCCUCCACCGCCGCCACCUUCGCCCCCACCGCCUCCUCCCUCUUCACCACCUCCGCCUGUUUACUCACCUCCUCCGCCGCCACCAGUUUACUCUUCGCCACCACCUCCGCCUUCCCCACCUCCACCGUCGCCGCCGCCGCCUGUUAUGUCUCCCCCUCCACCGUCUCCUCCACCACCAUCUCCUCCGCCACCUGUUAUGUCUCCACCUCCGCCGUCGCCGCCUCCACCACUUCCGUCACCAUCUCCGCCCUAUUGCAUUCGCUCGCCACCACCACCGCCACCAAACUCGCCACCUCCACCUCCUCCCUUGUAUUCUCCACCUCCCCCUGCUCCCUAUUACUAUAAUUCACCUCCUCCACCAAGCCCUUCGCCGCCACCGCCUCCCCCACAUUCUCCACCGCCACCACCUGUUUAUGUCUACUCAUCACCGCCUCCACCAGCCCAUUCUCCGCCUCCCCCAACUCACUCACCGCCACCUCCAUCUCCACUACCUUGUAUAGAACCGCCACCACCUCCACCUUCCCCGCCACCGUGUGUAGAGUACUCCCCACCACCGCCAUCACCACCACCUCCGCCGCCAGUUCACUAUUUGCCGCCUCCAUCACCCUCCCCUCCACCAGUCAUCUAUAAUUCGCCUCCACCACCUCCUCUGGUGUAUGCUUCCCCACCACCGCCAGUUCACUACAAUUCUCCACCUCCUCCAUCGCCGUCACCACCAAUUCAAUAUUCCCCGCCGCCAAUUCACUACCAGUCUCCACCUCCGCCAUCGCCGUCGCCACCUCCACCUCCGUUGCCUUGUGAGCACCCGCCACCGGCUCCAACACAGCCACCGCCAAUUAUCUAUGGAAGCCCGCCCCCACCGGCUCCAACACAGCCACCGCCAAUUAUCUAUGGAAGCCCGCCCCCACCGGCUCCGACCUAUUCGGGGCCAUUGCCACCGAUCUUCGGGAUUUCAUACGCAUCUCCUCCGCCACCACCUUUCUAUUGAUUCUUUUGAGAAUUUUCCUCUAACCUGUCCUCAAAAAAAAAAACAGCACGCAAGAAUUAUCAGUUACAUUUGGAGUCAUUGCUUCUACUGCCUCACCACCAUUUAGUUCUUCUCCUGGCAUUCCUGUUGCCCAACAAGAAAAAAGCUCAAUCAAUUGGAAACCAUUUCAAUUGUUCUUGUUGCUGCUGCUGCUGAAGAUACAGAGAAAAAAAGGGUAAUUUGAAUUAGAGAGAGGAGGUAAGAGGAGAAAGUCUCGCUCCAUAUUUAUUUGAAUUGUUAUGGGGGUAAUUUGAGUUGUGAAAUAAAUUGGCAGAGAAAAAACAGUAGGCUUGCAGACAAGUUUUAUGUAUAGAGACCAUAAUCUGAGGUCAGGAGAUGGUAGCAUUGCUUCUGCUACCGCUUCUGGUUUGUGGGUUCAUUGUUAUUAUCUCUUUCUAUAUCAUACUUUUCUUUCCUUCUUCCUUCUUUAGCUUUCCAAUUUAUUUAUACUACAAUGAUGAACAUUAUUGUUUA